AUGGUGGAUAAUCUUCUUGCACAGGACCGAGGAGAUGAAUUCACUUAUACUGGAAGUGGAGGUAGAGAUCUUUCUGGCAAUAAAAGAAUUGGCGAACAUUCGUUUGAUCAAACAUUAACACACAUGAAUAGAGCAUUGGCCCUGAACUGUGAUGCCCCAUUGGAUGAUAAAAAUGGAGCAGAGUCUAAGAAUUGGAGAGCUGGCAACCCAGUCCGAGUAGUGCGCAGUUCAAAAGGACGACGGAUCAGCAAAUAUGCUCCAGAGGAAGGCAAUAGAUAUGAUGGCAUUUACAAGGUGGUAAAAUAUUGGCCAGAAAUUGGAAAAUGUGGAUUCUUAGUUUGGCGCUAUCUUCUGAGAAGAGAUGAUAUUGAACCUGCCCCUUGGACUUCAGAAGGGAUGGAACGGUCAAAGAAACUGGGGCUGAGUGUACAGUAUCCAGAAGGUUAUUUAGAAGCCAUGGCUAGUAAAGAGAAAAAAGAUAAGGUUAAGAAGCAAACUGUGAAACAGGAGCCAACCAGCCAGAGUAAUGGAAACCAGAAAAGGACAAUUGAUGAUGGUAUAGAGGAACCUACAAAUAUAUCCAAAGCCAUGAGAAUGGGAGAUGGAGGGAAAGGAGAGGCUUUUCAACUGACCCAGCAACAGCAGUGGCUGAUUAAAGAAGACUGUAUGAACCAGAAACUGUGGGAUGAAGUACUUGCUUAUCUUGAGGAAGGACCAAAUUUUCUGAAGAAACUGGAACAAUCUUUUAUGUGUGUCUGCUGUCAGGAGCUGGUUUACCAGCCAGUGACAACAGAGUGCCUCCACAACAUCUGUAAAGUAAGAAUAAUCCCUAUCUUGCUCUGGGCUGUAUUCUUGGCUCUGAGACACCAGUUACCAGAGCCAAAAUAUAUUUUAGGAAGAUUAUAAUUAUUGCCUAGCAUUCUGAGCAAGAAAUGGAACAAGCUUGCUUCCAGUUGUGUGGUUGUCAUAUAAUCAAUUAACCUCAAUUUUAUGUAAAAAUUAGUGAAAAUGUAUUUGGUAUAAUUUCUUAUAGACAUAAUUCUUACCAUUAUUGUCAUUCUAUUGUAAUUAGUGGAGUUAUGCUAGGGA